AGGCAAAACACAUUUAGGGGCGUGUCUUGAAGAAUUAUUUCCUCAAGGAAGUUCGGCUGUCAAAAAAUCUUAAAAAAUCCAGAUACACGGACCUCUGUGUCAGUGGGGAUUUUGGAUCGCUUCUGCUUACUGGGGGAAGAGUCCUACAAGUACAGAAAUUUAAUGUUCAAGACCAGUUUCAAAAGAAGAGGGGAGAAAGAAGUUUGACAAGGAGGAGUUUGAGUGACUGAAAGAGAGCUGCAAUGGAUACCUUCAGCUCAAAGGACAUGGCCAUGAAGGUUCAGAAGAAGAUUCUCAGUCACAUGGCCAGCAAGUCUAUGGUACAAGCGCUCAUUGACGAUACCAGCAGCGAGAUCCUCGAUGAGCUCUACAGGGUUUCGAAAGGGUACACAGGCAGCCGGGCAGAGGCUCAGAAUGUGGCGAAGGACCUGAUCAAGGUGGCAGUGAAGCUCAGUGUACUCUAUCGCCACAAUCGCUUCAGUACGGAGGAGCUCAGCUUGGCCCAGGACUUCAAAAAGAAACUCCGGCAGGUCGCCAUGACUGCUAUAAGCUUCCAUGAGGUGGACUUCACAUUUGACAAGAACGUGAUGUCAAAAACCCUGACGGAGUGCCGAGACUUGCUGCUCAAGCUGGUGAAGGAGCACCUCACCCCCAAAUCCCACGGACGAAUCAAUCACGUCUUCAGUCACUAUUCCAACCCAGAGCUGCUUGCCAGUCUCUAUUCCCCACAUGGACCUUUCUCGUCCAACCUCACCAAGAUCUGCGCUGGCUUGAACAAACUGUUGGAGGAUGACAAAUUAUGAGCUGACUACCCUGCCUGAAAUACAGACACUGCUGGGGUUCAAGUCCAGACUGAAACGGAGGAGAGAACAAGGUUCUCACGUUACUGAACACGAACUAAUAUGUAACACAAAAACAAUGUGAGAUGGGGAAUCCGACUUGAUCUUUUUUUAAGAUGAAGCCACAUCAAAUAUGCCAAUGCAACAGCUACAAAAAUGCUGUCUAUUUCAGCGGAAUUUCCCUCUUCGGAUGCAAUAAUUGCAAAAACAAAUCUUAAUAUGAUCAUAUACCAGAACGUCUUGCAUUUCAACAUUCAAAGCCAUCGCUCACCUGUUUGUGUCACCCAUUUUUAUAAAAUACACCCCCACUGCAAAAACUACAUUUUUAUGUAAAGUAACAAAAAGAUUCCAAACAGAAAACAUGCUGACAAAAAGAUGAUAAUCCACUGCUAUCUGAGCACGUGAAGUGAUUUUAGUGCCAUAAAAGCAAGGCUCGCAAUAUUUGAGAUCACUGUAAAAACCACUGCCAUCUAGCGUUGCAAAAAAGAAUUUCUAUGGGUUAAAAUGUAUAUACGGUGCAACCCUACUGUAAAUGACACGCUAUUUUGUUGCGAUAAACAGUGUUGGAUGAUAAAAAUUAACCAUCACUUUAGGCUUGACAUCUGUUUUUCAUAAAAGUUAAAGAUAUAUGUAUAUUAAUUCUACUGAUAAAAAUUCUAUAGAUUUUUUUUAUAAAAUGAAAAUAAAACAUG